CGUCAGCCUUGCAGAGCUCCGAGGCAGAGGUAGCCUCCUGGAAUUGCUGCGCAAAACUCUGUGCAGGAUUGACAGCGUCUCAGGGAAGCGCUUGACUGCGCCAUGCCCAGCUCGGCCCCAGAGAGAGGUGCAACCCAGCCCCAGGAGUGCCAUGCCUGCGAAAGAGAGCUGCGCAGCACACCGGCGUGGAAGACCCCUUUCCUGCAGCCCAGCAAGGUCACCCCAAGCAGCAGCACGGAGGAAGCCAAGCACAAGCGCAAGGCCAGGCCAAUGCGCUCCAAGGCCCGGCGCAUGGCCGCCAAUGUCCGCGAGCGGAAGAGGAUCCUGGAUUACAACCAAGCCUUCAAUGCCCUCCGACUGGCCCUCAAGCACGACCUCGGGGGCAAGCGGCUCUCCAAGAUCGCCACCUUGCGCCGGGCCAUCAACCGCAUCGCCUCCCUCUCCACAUCUCUGCGGUCCGUGUCUCGGUGGCCCUGUGCUCACGCAGAGUGCCACGGCAGGCCCUUGGCUCAGGGAAGCCUCAAAGACACCCUCCUCCCUUCCAGCUUCUUUCAGCUGCCUCAGGGGGCCAGCCACGAUGACCUGCCACCCUUGCAGCCACACACUGUGUCCCUGGCACGUGUCAAGUGCCUUCCUGACUCGUCUCUCCAGCCCUCUCACGAAGGUCCAAAGGAGGGCAACCAUGCUCCCAGCCCAGCUUAUUGUGCUAGUGACCACUGCUUCUUCACGAGCCGUGCCGUCUGCCAGCCAAGACAUGGGGACCAUGGUCAAAGUUGUCCUUCAGGGCCUUUUCCUUGGGAAUAUGCAUUUUUCUCCUCUCCAGCCAAUGCCUGAUGGAUCCGAGGUAAAGCACACUUGAUCUGGGAUCUGACCAGGAUGGACCAGGAAUGUUUCCUUGCUUAGCCCCUGAAGAAGUUAAAUUCUUUGGCCCCUAGGCUGAUUUGUAAA